UCGGGGGAGAGGGUCUGGGAGCCGGGAGACAGGGAGACAUGAACCGGCACCCGGACUGUGAGCAGGGGGAGCAACUCUGAACCUGGACACCAUGUACUACGAGGAGGGGGACUUCCAAAUGGAGGACACAGACUUGCCAUACAACCUUUCGAGCCCUCACUGGCUGGCCAAGAUGGAGAAUGACACUUGGGACAACUUGACAAGUGUUGGCAACCAAUCUACCAGAGACAAAGCGAUGACCGUAGGAAAGUACCAAACAAUGGAGAUGAUUUUCAUUGCCACUGUGACUGGCUCUCUUAGCUUGGUUACUGUUGUAGGAAACAUCUUGGUCAUGCUCUCAAUUAAGGUCAACCGGCAACUACAGACAGUCAACAAUUACUUUCUCUUCAGCCUUGCAUGUGCUGACUUAAUCAUUGGAGUCUUCUCAAUGAAUCUCUAUACAGUAUACAUCAUAAAGGGCUUCUGGCCCUUGGGACCUGUUGUGUGUGACCUCUGGCUGGCUCUAGAUUAUGUGGUCAGCAAUGCCUCUGUAAUGAACUUACUCAUCAUUAGCUUUGAUCGGUACUUCUGUGUAACCAAACCAUUGACCUACCCGGCUCGAAGAACCACCAAGAUGGCAGGGCUUAUGAUUGCAGCAGCCUGGCUCCUGUCAUUUGCGCUCUGGGCCCCUGCCAUCCUGUUUUGGCAGUUCAUUGUGGGAGAAAGGACAGUACCAGAUGGAGAAUGCUACAUCCAAUUUCUCUCCUAUCCAGCAGUCACUUUUGGCACAGCUAUUGCUGCCUUCUAUCUUCCAGUGGUCAUUAUGACGAUCCUCUACAUCCACAUUUCCCUAGCCAGCAAGAGUAGAGUACGCAGGCACUGUCCAGAGAUGCGUCCAGAGAAGAAAGCCAAACCAGUCAGUUCUAUGAAGAGCCCUUUAAUCAAGCAGGCAAAAACCAAUCCAAAACCAGACAUCGCUGAAGUGAAAGGAGAAGAGGAGAACGGUGUUAGGAAUGGGAAGAUUGAAAAGUCCUUGACAAACCUUCAGUCAGUGGAAGAAAAAGAAACCUCGAAUGACUCCAGUACUGCCAGCAUAACCCAGAACCCAGAGGAGAAACUGCAAUUACAUGAUCCUUCUUCAGGUGUUGUUUUGGCUCCCACCCAAAGUAUGCCAACACUUCAUCCAAGAGUCAAUGCUGCUUCCAAGUGGUCUAAGAUCAAGAUUGUCACAAAGCAGACCGGCAACGAGUGUGUAACCGCUAUCGAGAUAGUGCCAGAAUGUUCCAUCCCUUUGCCCCGGGAUCCAUCUCUUCCCAACACUCGUCCAGCCAAUGUGGCAAGAAAGUUUGCUAGCAUUGCCCGUAACCAGGUUAGGAAAAAGAGGCAGAUGGCAGCCAGGGAGAAGAAAGUUACCCGGACCAUUUUUGCUAUUUUACUGGCUUUUAUCCUCACCUGGACACCUUACAAUGUUAUGGUCCUCAUAAACACAUUUUGUGAGACUUGCAUCCCUGAAACAGUUUGGUCUAUAGGUUAUUGGCUUUGUUAUGUCAACAGCACAAUAAACCCAGCAUGCUAUGCGUUGUGUAAUGCCACCUUCAAAAAGACAUUUAAACAUCUCCUUAUGUGUCAGUAUAGGAAUAUAAGAAUGGCCAGAUAGGCCACAAAACAUAUUUUGAUAUAGGACAACUAUGACUGCAUUGUAUCAGAGAAAAUGUGGAGGGAGAGUUUCAAGGAUUUUUAGAAUUUGGAUAAGAAAAUCCUGAGGAACUCUGUCUUCGGGAGAUGGUGUUACCAAGUUGCAGUGUUGAUUGAUAAUUCUCAGCAAGAUUAAGGACGUUGGAGAUAAAACUUUAAGGCAUUUUGCACUAGUAUUCAGAAUGGGACCAAGUUUGACUGUAAGAAGUUUUGUAAUUAAUCCAAAGUAAGAAAAUUAAAAAAUCAGAAACCUAUUGGACUUCCAAGAAAAAUAAAGGGAUGCAUCAUAUAUUUUAAAGUACCAAAUGCCCUCCCUGAAUAGGCUAUUUCUGAUGAGUCAAGGAAUCUGUAGAACUGCAAUGUAGGAAAUCAUGCAUGGUCAGACAAAACCAAUUCAUGAUCCACAGACCCAGAGAGGAGGUAUCUUUGGGUUCAGGGCACCAUUGCGUGAGAUGCCAUCAGGAUAUUGCCCAGUUAUUGACUCUCCUGCUGCAUUGACUGUGUUUACAUAAUGCUUUAUGUGCCGUUGCCAUGCAGUGGAUUUGUCUUAUAUUAUCUCUGGAACCAUGUUUGAACAAAUAACCUGACCCUUCCUAAAUCGUUACGACCCAAAGGCAUUACCCCUCUGCUGUAUUACUUUAACAUCUUCCUGAUUGCAGUUCUUAAAAAUUACAUUCUGCUAAGUACUCUAGGAAAUCAUAUCCCUUUGCAGCCUCUCAUUAAGCUAGAAUUGUGUUAUUAAGCGAAAAUUGUGUUACUGAGUGCAUUGGUCGAUAUGGAG